GCCGGGUCCGCUGCCGGGUGGAAGGGCCAGGCGAGUGUCCUUAUCCUAGCGAUUGGGGCUCGGGCCUGUAAGCCAGUUGGAGUGUCGUCGGCGAGAACGACUGGGCCGAGCUGAAGAAGACAUGUUGCUCUUCGUGGAGAUGGAUCCUUUUAUUAUUUAGCAGGUAACAUCUAAAGGAACUGGUUUAAAUCCUAAUGCCAAAGUAUGGCAAGAAAUACCUCCAGGAAAUACUGAUGCUGCUCCAGUAACUCAUGGAACUGAAAGCUCUUGGCAUGAAACAGCAGCCACAUCAGGGUCUCAUCCUGAGGGUAAUAGAGAACUUGCAGAUGAUAUGUGUAAGGAAUAUGAAGUAAUGUAUUCAUCUUGUGAAACUACAAGAAAUACUACAGGUGUUGAAGAAUCAACUGAUGGAAUGAUUUUGGGCCCAGAAGAUCUGAGUUACCAAAUAUAUGAUGUUUCUGGAGAAAGCAGCUCAGCAAUUUCUACAGAAGAACUAAAAGAGUGUUUGAAGAGACAAUUAGAAUUCUGUUUCUCACGAGAAAAUUUGUCAAAGGAUCUUUACCUGAUAUCUCAAAUGGACAGUGAUCAGUUCAUCCCAAUUUGGACAGUUGCCAACAUGGAAGAAAUAAAAAAGCUGACCACAGACCCAGACCUAAUUCUUGAAGUGUUGAGAUCUUCUCCCAUGGUACAAGUUGAUGAGAAGGGCGAGAAAGUAAGACCAAGUCAUAAGCGUUGUAUUGUGAUCCUUAGAGAGAUUCCUGAAACAACACCAAUAGAGGAAGUAAAAUCUUUGUUUAAAAAUGAAAACUGCCCCAAGGUGAUAAGCUGUGAGUUUGCACACAAUAGCAACUGGUAUAUCACUUUCCAGUCAGACACAGAUGCACAGCAGGCUUUUAAAUAUUUAAGGGAAGAAGUUAAGACAUUUCAGGGCAAGCCAAUCAUGGCAAGGAUAAAAGCCAUCAAUACGUUUUUUGCUAAGAAUGGUUAUCGAUUAAUGGAUUCUAGUAUGUAUAGUCAGCCCAUUCAAACUCAAGCACAGUAUGCCUCACCAGUCUUUAUGCAGCCUGUAUAUAAUCCUCACCAACAGUACUCUGUCUAUAGUAUUGUGCCUCAGUCUUGGUCUCCAAAUCCCGCACCUUACUUUGAAACACCACUGGCUCCCUUUCCCAAUGGUAGUUUUGUGAAUGGCUUUAAUUCACCAGGAUCUUAUAAAACAAAUGCUGCUGCUGCUGCUGCCGCCGCCAUGAAUAUGGGUCGACCAUUCCAAAAAAAUCGUGUGAAGCCUCAUUUUAGGUCAGGUGGUUCAGAACACUCAACAGAGGGCUCUGUGUCAUUGGGGGAUGGACUAUUGAACAGAUCUGGUUCAAGGAGCUUUCCGACUGAACGGCAUAACCCUACAGUAACAGGGCAUCAGGAGCAAAGCUACCUUCCAAAAGAGACUCCCACUUUGCAGAUGGAACAGAAUGGGGACUAUGGUAGGGGCAGGAGAACUCUCUUCAGAGGUCGAAGACGUCGAGAAGAUGAAAGGAUCUCAAGACCCCAUCCUUCAACAGCUGAAGCAAAAGCUCCAACACCAAAGUUUGACUUAUUAGCCUCAAAUUUUCCUCCUUUACCUGGAAGUUCAUCAAGAACGCCAGGUGAACUUGUUUUGGAGAGUAGGAUGUCUGAUGUUGUUAAAGGUGUCUGCAAAGAAAAGGGUAACGAAGAGUUGAGGGUUAGUUGCCCAGUGCCUGCAGAGGACGAACAGACAGGCUGCGUCCCUGCCCCGCAGCUCAGUAUGAGCCCCAGUCCUCCAUGCGCAGCUGGGCUUUCUGCAGUAAGCACAAGUCAGCAAGAAAAGGAUCUAAUAGAGGAUUCCACUGUUCAGAAGGAUGUUCCCAACCAGACAACUGUACCAGUUUCUUCUCCAAGUACUGCAAAGCCAUCGAGAACAAAUACUGCUUCACCAUGUAAUAGUAACAUAAGUGCAGCUGUAGCUGUGGCCCUACAGGAACCUCGAAAGCUAAGUUAUGCUGAAGUGUGCCAGAAGCCCCCUAAAGAGCCAUCUCCAGUUCUUGUGCAGCCACUACGAGAACUUCGCUCUAAUGCAGUAUCUCCCACCAAAAGUGAAGAGAGUGGAGCUCCUGAAAAGUCCUUUGAGAAACAACAUGAGAAGCCAGAAGCAAGGGCUAGUAAGGAUUACUCUGGCUUCCGAGGCAAUGCCAUUCCCAGGGGAGCAGCUGGAAAAAUCAGGGAACAGAGACGCCAAUUUGGCCAUAGGGCUAUACCUCAGGGAGUGACUCGACGUAAUGGCAAAGAACAAUAUGUGCCACCCAGAUCACCAAAGUAAAAAAAAAAAAAAAAACUACUCAAAAACUUCUCUCUCUUCCCAUUAAACUUGAGCCGUGGCAUAUUGAACUGUUUUGGAGGGGAGGGGGUAGCCAGAAAGGAAACAAGAGAAAGUACAUCCUUAAAUCAUUAUGGAUUGUGGAGUUGUGAGCAGUAGAAUCCCCAAAUUCAUCUCUAAAGUUAUUUUAAAAUGCUGGAGGAUUCCAAUCAGUAUAAAUAUAUAUAUAUAUGUAUACAUAUAUAAAAAUAUAAUUUUUCUAUUUUUGUUUUUGAUUUUAAUUUGCAGAGGUCUUCUGCCUGGAAUCAAUUUUGAAGGUUCAGAUUUAGCUUGGGAAAAAAGCAUAUUACACAUCCUUCAGUAUAGGAGAUGAGGGAGUGAGAGAAAAUAUUUUUUGAAGAAGCAUUUCUGUAAAAUUAGAAAUUACUUUUUUUAAUCUAUUUAAAGUUUGGCUUGGAGAAUGCUAUUUCUGCCCAUAUGGCCUUGUGUUGCAAAACGGAUCAGUGGCUGGAGUGCCUGUUGUGGUGUGUGUGUGCGCGCAAGUAUGAUUGAAGCCAAAUCUGUUGUCAUGUUAGUAAAUGAUUUGAAAACUGAAUGUAAUACUUGAGUAGAUUUUUUUUCCAGUUUGAAAUUUAGUCUGUCUUUUUGACCUUACUAAUUUUUCAUUCAACAAGCUGUUAAACUCUGAUUGUACUUGGAGACAGUAACUACAGAUCAGUUUGAUACUCAAGGAAGGAAUGGGGGUUACUAGAAAAAUUGAAAUUUUGGGUUACAUCCAAGUGGGUGGGUCAAAUGGAGUUCAGAGGUUUAAGCUUCCCUGUCAUUUUUCCUGCCCUAAAGUAGGAAACGAUUUUUGUUGUUGUUACUUCCUUUGUUACUCUGUUCUUUGACUGCCCACCCCCAAAAGCAGAAUAACCGUCACCUACAGAAUUGUAUGUUUCUAACGGUCUUGAUCAGUCUAGUCAAAUCAUAUAACUGUUCUAAAUUUCUGAGUAAAGUAUUUUACUCUUCUGGUCAUGUAUUUAGAACUUUAGAUCCCAGAAUGGUAGGGCAGACGGGCCCUACAGUAAUUUAUUUGUGUUAGUGUUAAAAGAUGAAACAUUGUAGCUGAGUCUUAAAGUGUUAAGUAGGGUAGAUAUAAAAAGAAAUUUCUUUUUAAAGGCUUAAUUUGGGGACAACUUUUUUCUGUUUACAGUGUAUCACCUUCUUUCCUGUCCCCCUCCUCCCCCGCCAAAAAAAAUACAGUUUGGAAUUCACAGUAACAGAACCAGCAAGUCACAAAACUUUUGAGUUAAGGUUAGAAAGAUAGUUAAAAUUAACAUAUCAUUUCUCAGUGAAUAAAGUUAUAGCUCUCAUAUUAAAUAAGCAAGUUUACAUGCUGGUGUUUAAGAAAUGGCUAUAAAGUUAAAAACCAUGUUGCAUUACUCUGUUUUAAGUCAUACCAUUUUCAGAGUUCAGUGUGUAAGGUGGGGUUUUGUUUUCCUUUUGGGAUAGUUUGUGAUAGUAAUACUGUCCCUUAUGUUAGUAAAUUACAUAUGUACAAAUUGAAACUGUAAAUUGUAGACACUGGAAAAAGCACCAUUGUGACAUAAACAUCUUAGUAAUAUAUUAAAAUGAAUGUAAAUGGUGGUUAAAUUACAUUACUGUGAAACUCAUCUUCCAACUCUAAGUUAAGCUUUGGAGAUUUGUAUUAGUAGGUAACUGUUCAGAGCUUUGAAAACACUGCACAUUUCUGUACAAGCCAGAAUUAUCAUUUCUUUGUAACUUAUUCAGCUUGGCAAUUGCUUUUGAUUUGAUGGGUUGAUAACAUGAUAUAAUAUAUUUAAGCAGUUUGAAACUAUUCAUUUCUACACACUAUUUUCUACUAAAUGAAACAUACAAUAAAACUACCUGUGCUGAAAUUUGGGGGAAGUUUAGGUCCUUUAAAAAAAAGUAUUAAUAAUCAUUGACUACAUCUAUGAUAAAAGUGCUAUUUUGGUUUACUUAGAUAAUGCUGCAGCUGGUGGAAAUGAUAAACAUUUCAAGUGUUAACACUCUGUGAAUGCGUUGGAUUUAAGAGAAUAAACAUUUUAUAAAAAUCA